AUGGACGACUCUGAAGUAGCCUACAUCGCCAGGUCGAAGCGGGAUGUCGCUGAGCACUUCGGAGUAGCGUGGUCCACCAUGCAGCCGCGGCUCGUGGGGAAAGUAGGAGGGAAGCCGGCGUCGUCAGCGCGCGCCACAAACCUACCAGACGAAGUGGAGACCGAGCUGUUUCAGCAUGUGUUGUGGCUGUGCGAGAACGGCCACUCGACGAACUGGGACAACAUCAAAGCAAUUGCUUGGAAGCUGGGGAAGAUGGCUGGGAUAGAGGACUUUGCGGCGUCAAAUCAUUGGCUGAAGAGGUUCAAGGUUCGCUUCCCUGCCCUCGAAGCUCGCUACAGCCAUCACCUACGUACAACCCAGCUCAGCAAGGCGGAUAUGGCCUACGCCGAAAGGGGAAGGGACGAGCGCGACAACUCAGACGCUACCUCGUUGGGUGACGGGGGUUGCAGCGGUGGUGAAGGUGGUGGUGGUGGAAGGAGCUACGUUGUUCCAACUGACCUUAAGGUGACCACCGCUGCGGGCGGGUACCUCGCGCUGGAACGUGCUAAAGUCGAGGCCGAGGCUAGUACGGCUCGACGGCAUCAGCAGCAGCAGGCGGCGGGAAUCGCGCCGAACACGGCGGGAGCGGUGACACCGGCAGCGACGCCGGCGGGGGCGGGGGCGGCGGCGGGGGCGGCGGCGGGGGCGGCUACCUCGACGUCUUCUGCACAUCAAGAAGCACAGCUGCGGCUUGCUCCCGCACCGAUUGCUGGAUUCGACGGUUAG